UAAACUGUCCGCCAUAUUGACGGAACCCAAGAGGGAAAGAAAACCAACUAUAUCGUUGUUUUUCUAUUGAUUACUCGCCAUCUAUCCCCUCAUGGAUGAAAAACGAAUGUUCAGCAGAUCUAAGCGUCAGAAACCCCCAGACGAAGGUGCGUGGGAUUGCAGUGUGUGCACAUACAAAAACUCUCCCGAAGCAUACAAAUGUGAGAUGUGCGAUGUUAGGAAAGGCACGUCGACAAGAAAACCACGAUUAAAUUCUCAAUUGGUAGCACAACAAGUCGCCCAGCAGUAUGUACCCCCUCCCCCAAAAAAGGAGAAGCUCGAAAAUGGGACACUGGAGGAGGGGGAAGAGGAGGAGGAGGAGGAAGAAGAAGAAGGGGUGGAGCAGGAAGAAGAAAGAGAAGAGGCAGUGGACAGUGAUAGCACACAGGAGGACUACCGUUUAGAGUUACCUCCCCCUCCUAUAGAGACCACCACGCUGAAUACCAUCAAUAUCAAAAAGGAGAAGAAUCAUACAAAUACAGCAAAAAAGAAUACGCAUCAGCAAAGAUCUGCAAGACUACGGAAUGUUGACCGGAGUAGUGCACGUGAAAUAGCCGUUACUGUGGGAACUGUUACAGUAACUAUUACAGACUAUCAGCCCAAACGUGAACGCAAAACUUCCACGGAAACCUCCAGCAAUGUGACAUUGGACAGCUUUGACAAUUCAUCGUCGUCGUCGGGUGUGAGUAACGACCCGCGGGAAGAUGUGACAAUUAACACGAAUAACCACCAAACCUGACCUGUGGUGUUAUCAACAUCAUUUCAUUUUCUCAUUCUACACGGUGGUCGGUAUGGACCACCCAAAAAAGUGUGCCAUGUGGACUGGCAAUGGUAUUAUUGCCAUGGUGACAGGCAAUGGUGUUAUUGCCAUGGUGACUGGCAAUGGUGUUAUUGCCAUGGUGACUGGCAAUGGUGUUAUUGCCAUGGAGACAGGCAAUGGUGUUAUUGCCAUGGAUACAGGCAAUGGUGUUAUUGCCAUGGUGACAGGCAAUUCUACUUGUGUGUUAUUGACCUAAUAGUAUAUCUUCAGACUUCCGUGGAAAAAUAAUCCCUUUGAAAAUUUAAUUUUCAAAAGGGAAAUGUUAUUUUUGAUCUAAUUAUUAAUCAUCUGCCAUUUGAUUGGUGUGUGAAGUAUGAAUAAUGUGUGUAUGUGGGCAGCCAUGGAACCGUUCAUCACGCUCGUGGAAAAAGUGAUAUAUUAUUAUUAUAUAAAGUCAUUGUGGUAUUUGCAUUCU